AUGUUCUGGAUGACAGCGGCACUGUGCGUAAUCCAAGUUUGGUUUGAAAAGCCUGAUAUGGGUGAAAAUAGCGAUGUAAAUGACAUCGAAGGGAGGAAGAACGGAUUUCAGAGCUUUGAGCAUGCGGCCGCCGAUAUAGUGCUUGCAGCGAGCUUCAAUUCUUCUGGCACACGGAUAGUCCUGUGCUCGGCAGAUCACAAAAUCAGGGUGUACAAUAUAGACGAAGAUAACGAGUAUUUCUUAGUAGACCAAUGGCGUGGUCAUGAUGCCGAGGUGCUGGAUGUCCAAUGGCUUGCAUCCAGCUUGGGACAGUUCUUUGCAACUAUUGGCGGCGACAACAAGUUCAAACUAUGGCGAGAGGACCCAUCGCAAGCAUUCAAGAGUGGACGACGCUUCAGGUGCAUCUUCUCGCAGUCGCCGCUCAACCAUGUCUCCUAUGUUUCCUUUGGCUCUAAGACUAUCAGACAUGAUCUUUUCCUCUCUCUAAUUACCCACGAUGGACUACUUUCCCUUUUGGAGCCCGCAGAUCCCGAAUCGUUGAGCUCAUGGAACGUAAUCGACAACAUCUAUCCCUUCGGGCAGCACCAUCGAGGCACCGAGGCUAGAUUCAGAUUAUCUUUCCACCAAGGCGAGGGCCCCAGUACCAACGCAGUUUUCGCAGGUUUGGACCCGAAUGCAAUUUCACUCGCUGUCUCCGCGAUCGAACACAUAAAAAUAUAUCGCGCCGUUAAGUCUGGUGAGCCUUCGGAAAGUAAUUACCUAUUUUACGAAAUGAUCGAGAUACAGACCGAUGCCACAAUCAAUGAAAUAGCCUGGGCACCGGGAUGCCUUCAUCCGUACGAUAUAAUUGCUGCGGCCUGUAAUGACGGUACAAUUCGUAUUUUCGAAGUCAACACACCACAUGAAGUUGAUGCAUCGUUAAGGACCCCGGCCGUUAAAGCAUACAAACCCAAUGGACCGCGAAGAGCGUUACCAGCGACUAUGCGUAAUGCGCCCUCUGGUAUAGGUGCUGGUUUAGCAGACAUGUCUCGCAAUGCACCUCCACGCGAGGUCAUGAAUAGCUUGAACAUCAAGCAUGAGUGGAAACAAGCCGCAUUACUGUCGCAUGAUGAGGCACCUGUCUGGAGGAUAAGAUGGAUAUACGACGGCAGUGCUUUGGCUUCGACAGGCGAUGACGGGAAGGUCCACUUAUGGAAGCAGAGCUUAAGUGGCGACUACGUUGACUUUGCAGAGACCGAGCCAGUGUGA